CCCGGCCGCUUUCUCGCAUGAAUCUCCUCGACCCUUUCAUGAAAAUGACAGAAGAGCAGGACAAAUGUAUCUCCGACGCCCCCAGCCCCACUAUGUCGGAUGACUCCGCCGGGUCCCCCUGUCCCUCUGGAUCCGGGUCGGACACGGAGAACACCAGACCCCAAGAAAACACCUUCCCCAAGGGGGACCCGGACCUGAAGAAGGAGAACGACGAGGACAAGUUCCCGGUGUGCAUCCGGGAGGCGGUGAGCCAGGUGCUGAAGGGCUACGACUGGACCCUGGUGCCGAUGCCGGUGCGGGUGAACGGCUCCAGCAAGAACAAGCCGCACGUGAAGAGACCCAUGAACGCCUUCAUGGUGUGGGCGCAGGCGGCCCGCAGGAAGCUGGCGGACCAGUACCCGCAUCUGCACAACGCCGAGCUCAGCAAGACCCUGGGCAAGCUCUGGAGGCUGCUGAACGAGAGCGAGAAGCGUCCCUUCGUGGAGGAGGCCGAGCGGCUGCGGGUGCAGCACAAGAAGGACCAUCCCGACUACAAGUACCAGCCGCGGCGGAGAAAGUCGGUGAAGAACGGGCAGUCGGAGCAGGAGGAGGGCUCGGAGCAGACCCACAUCUCCCCCAACGCCAUCUUCAAGGCGCUGCAGGCCGACUCCCCACAGUCUUCCUCCAGCAUCAGCGAGGUGCACUCCCCCGGGGAGCACUCGGGGCAGUCGCAGGGCCCCCCCACGCCCCCCACCACCCCCAAGACGGACACGCAGCCCGGCAAGCAGGACCUGAAGCGGGAGGGCCGCCCCCUGCAAGAGGGCGGCCGGCAGCCCCCCCACAUCGACUUCCGAGACGUGGACAUCGGGGAGCUGAGCAGCGACGUCAUCUCCAACAUCGAGACCUUCGACGUCAACGAGUUCGACCAGUACCUGCCGCCCAACGGGCACCCGGGGGGCCCGGCCGCGCACGGCCAGCCCGGCCAGGUCACCUACACGGGCAGCUACGGCAUCAGCAGCACGUCGGGCUCCCCGGGCGGCGCCGGCCACGUGUGGAUGUCCAAGCAGCAGGCGCAGCCCCCGGCGCAGCCACAGCCCCCGGCGCAGCAGCACGGGCUGCCCGCGCUGAGCGGGGAGCAGGGCCCGGCGGCGCAGCAGAGGACGCACAUCAAGACGGAGCAGCUGAGCCCCAGCCACUACAGCGAGCAGCAGCAGCACUCCCCGCAGCAGAUCAACUACAGCUCCUUCAACCUGCAGCACUACAGCUCGUCCUACCCCACCAUCACCCGCUCCCAGUACGACUACACCGACCACCAGAACUCCGGCUCCUACUACAGCCACGCGGCGGGGCAGGGCAGCGGCCUCUACUCCACCUUCACCUACAUGAACCCCACGCAGCGCCCCAUGUACACCCCCAUUGCAGACACUUCGGGGGUGCCCUCCAUCCCCCAGACCCACAGCCCGCAGCACUGGGAACAGCCCGUCUACACGCAGCUCACCAGGCCCUGAAGCCGCCGAGGAAAGCGGGAAGAGAAAGAAAAAGAAAUUUCGAAAAAACAAAAACAAACAAACAAAACAAAAAACAAAAAUCAGAAAAGCGUGAAAGCAGCGAGAAGAACUUCCUUCAGACUUUUUUUUUUUUCCUUCUUUGAAUUUGAAAUAAUAAUUAAAAAGAGACGCUCAAGUGAAAGCUGGCGGGGAGGAGAGAGCGCCUCGAGCCUUCUGCACUACAGCAUCCUCCAGGACCCGCCUGAGAGCCAGCAAAACUCGGUACACACUUGCCAAGGACUGGACUUGAACUCUGCUUCCAGCAUGGAGAGGAGAUUCCUACCCAACCCGCCCAGCUGUCUUGUUCUCUGGACUUUUGUAAUGAUUUUUUUUUUUUUUUUAGCAGUAAUUAAAGGAAAAAAAAAAAAAAAAAAAAAAAAAAAUGGGGGGUAAAAAAGAGAAAACUCAGAGUCCUCUGUGAGGAAUAUUCUCUAUUUUAAAUAUUUUUAGUAUGUACUGUGUAUGAUUCGUUACCAAUUCGAGGGGAUUUAUACGUAUUUUUUAGAGAUUUUUUUAAGACGCUCUUAUUUUUCCAACAGCUUAAAAAAAAAAAAAAAAAGAAAAAAUGACACUUAGUGGAGCAGCGC